AUGAAAUCACAUCUGGGAUUAGCAUCCCUCAUUGGGGGAGUCCUGCUCUCCGCACCCGCGAGUGGUGAUGUACACUUACGCACUCGCUCCAAUACGCCAAAGUGUGUUAAUCCGCCCGCAACAUUAUCUCUAAGUGAUCCGCCCUACGAGAACUACUUCUACUCCGACUGCAACGUCGCUGCCCAAGCAGUGAUUACUACUCCUCUACCAGACAGUAAUCUGUCUAACAUCAGCCCGCGACUGGUGGUAGCAUGGCCAGCUGGUAACAGUGGUGUAUGUGCAUUUUUUGCACCUCAAGACGGACCAAAUGGCACUCUCUCUAUGGAACUACUAAACUCAACUAUCGGUAAACCAUUAGCGUCUGUUUACAAUGCCUCAUCUACCGGAACCCAGAUCCCAAGUGUCGGAAUCCAAGGUAUACUAACAUUUAACUCCUCUGCGAUCCUCUCCUUGCCGAUUCUAGGAAGUAUCCGUACAAUUCGUGAUUUCGUCGAAGGAGCCAGUAUCAUAUACCCUGAAAUCCAGAGUGCCCUCGAAUACACAUCCAGCAGCGAUGGCAGCGCAUCAAUUCACAGAUUAUGGCUAGACAAUGUGACCACGACAAGUCUUUCGUUUCGUCCCUGGAACAGCUCAAGUGGCAAGGUGACAGUGACCAACCGUACAUUAGCCUUCAAGACAGGCGAGUAUCUGUUCUCAGCAGAAAUGAACUAUCCACAGCUUUCACCGUUGAAGCCAAAUGCUGUUCUUAAUGCGGCGUCUGCGAAUUUGACUCAAACCAUGCCUGAUCAGACAACUGCACUUUCGUUCUUGUCAUAUUCGGAGAAAUUACUUGCGGGUGCUUGGCGAUUCUUGACUUACUUUGGGCGCGACUCUAUGAUUUCUGCGCUUCUUCUGGAGCCUGUUUUGAGUAAUGGGAAUGGUACAGCUAUGGAGGCUGUUAUUGGAGCUGUGUUGGAGCGUGUUAAUCGCACAGAUGGGAGUGUUUGUCAUGAGGAGACUAUCGGGGACUACGCGACUUGGACCAACUUACAGAGCAAUAUCACCAGUACUGCUAUGGGUUGUGACUAUAAGAUGAUCGACUCGGACUACUAUCUACCCAUCUUGAUGCAGCGAUAUUUCUUAGAUAAUCCAAUCGGAAGGACUCGUGUAUCUCUAUUCUUCAACACAACGGCGGGCUCUAUUAAUCCAGCGAACCAGAAUCUGACAUGGGGUCAACUAGCCCUCAUAAACGCAGAGCGCAUCAUGCAUCUAGCAGAGCCCUUUACAAAGAAUCAAACCCGAGAAAACCUCAUUCACCUCAAAGAAGGACAAGUUGUCGGUCAAUGGAGAGAUAGCGAAUACGGCAUCGGAGGAGGUCGCAUCCCCUUCGACGUAAACACCGCACUCGUCCCCGCAGCUCUUCGCUCCAUUUCCAAACUCGCCAAAAAAGGAAUCUACAAAGAAAAAUCCUGGAGCAAGCUCUCAGACCAAUACGCCAAGAUAUGGGAAGACAAAACACUCCAUUUCUUCGAAGUAAACGUGUCCCAGUCAAAGGCCCAAGAGCUCGUAAAGUCAUACGCAAACAUUUCCUCUUUCGCCGGACCAAACCAUUCCUCCUCAAUCGACAAAGACAUAACAUUCUACUCAUUAGCUCUAGAUGGAUACAACAAUCUAUCCAAAGUUGAAGUAAUGAAUACAGACGACUGCUUCCGCCACUUCCUCCUAAACACAACAAACAAUGCCCAAUUAUCAACAUUCAUCAAUUCAACCGCUACUAAUAUCCGUCGCCAAUUUCCAGCAGGUCUCAUGACCGAUGUGGGGAUGUUGAUAUCGAAUCCCGCUUUCGGGGACAAUUCCGUUUACGCCCAGAACUGGACUACGGGUGCAUACCAUGGGACAGUUGUUUGGUCUUGGCAACUAGCUAUGAUGGCUAAGGGACUUGAGUUGCAGAUGGGACGGUGUGAAGUUUCGACAAACUUUUCGAUGAAGAAGAGUGGAAGGGAGAUUAAGGCUGCUGUGCCGGAUUUUUGCACGGACGAUUCGAUCUUUGAGAAUGUUAAGGCUGCUUAUAAUGAGCUUUGGGAUUCUAUUGAGAAGAAUAGUGAGCAGCUUUCGACGGAGAUGUGGUCUUGGGUAUAUCGGAAUGGGACGUAUCAGGUUACGCAGUUGACGGAUUUGCCUGCGCCUCCGGGUCUAAGUGGUCAGACUGAAUCGGAUAUUAGGCAGCUUUGGUCGCUUGCUUUCUUGGCUGUCUCGAGGAAUGAAGAUUAUAGAUAA